CGCGACGAAGAGCCACUUCCUAGCGGCGGACAGCGUGAGCGAGCACUAGCCCAGCAGCACGCGCGGGGCGACGGUUGGGCCGCGCUGUGAUGCCCGGUGGAAGUCUGCUUCUUGUUUUUUUCCUUCAUGGUGGACUUCUUUUUCUCCCCGGACAGUGAAGUGAAUGACCCGGUGGUGCUGGGCACAGCAUUAUGGCUCAGACGCUACAGAUGGCGAUCCCCAACUUUGGCAACAACGUCCUGGAGUGUUUGAACGAGCAGCGUCUGCAGGGCCUCUACUGUGACGUCUCCGUGGUGGUCAAGGGACACGCCUUUAAGGCGCAUCGUGCUGUGCUGGCCGCCAGCUCCUCGUACUUCCGGGACCUGUUCAAUGCCGGCGGGAAGAGCUCCGUGGUGGAGCUGCCGCCCGCCGUGCAGCCGCAGAGCUUCCAGCAGAUUCUGGCCUUCUGCUACACGGGCCGCCUCAGCAUGAACGUGGGCGACCAGUUCCUGCUCAUGUACACGGCCGGCUUCCUCCAGAUCCAACAGAUCAUGGAGAAGGGGACAGAGUUUUUCCUCAAGGUCUCGUCCCCGAGCUGUGACUCACAGGGUCUCCACACAGAGGAGACUGAGCCUCAGAGUCCGGUCACGCCGACGGUGGGAGGGGCCGGCGGCACCUUGGCUUCCACCAGACCCGCCUCUUGUUUGACGCCCCUCCCUCUCAUGUCCAAGGUGAAGACGGAACAGACGGCCACCACACCUCAGCCUCAACAGACGGAGGGAUUCCCCUACUCAGUGGUCUGCGUCCCGGUGGCCAAGCGACUGUGGGAGGGGGGCAAUCGGGACGGGGGAGGCACUUCUGGAGCGGGGGCCGGCCAGAGGAAGGCUCCUCGCUACUCUUCUUCGUCCUCGUUCUCCACCAACGCUACCCAGGAGGCGUCCGGGCGGGGUGCUCCGCCUUCCAGCGCCCCCUCGAUGUUGGCCGGUGGCGGCGGAGUCGCCAGUAACCACAACAACAACAACAACAACAGCAGCAGCAGCGCCACCAACAACAACAACAAUCAUAAUGGCGGGACCCCUGAAGGGACGAGUCCAGGCACGUUCAGCAUGUACACCAGCGACUCGCCCAUCAGUUACCACGACGACGAGGAAGAAGACGAGAUAGCAGACGAGAGCGCCGAAGAGCAGUACAGACAAAUCUGCAACAUAUACACCAUGUACAGCAUGCUUAAUGCCAACACCACAGUGACCGGGGAUAAGGUGGAGGCUCUGCCAGACGCCGCCCCGGACUCGGGCGCCGGCCGCGGGGGCAGAGGCGGGCGGGCCCGACAGGAGCUGGCGUCCCUGCCGUCCGAGCUCAUCAGCCAGAUCGGCAACCGCUGCCACCCGAAGCUCUACGAGGAGGGCGACCCCGCCGAGAAGCUGGAGCUGGUGAGCGGCACCUCCGUGUUUAUCUCACGCGCCCAGCUCAUGAACUGCCACGUCAGCGCCGGCACCCGCCACAAAGUUCUGCUGAGGCGACUGCUGGCCGCCUUCUUCGACAGGAGCACCCUGGCUAACAGUUGCGGUACCGGCAUUCGCUCGUCCACCAACGACCCGAGUCGCAAGCCGCUGGACAACCGAGUGCUGCACGCCGUCAAAUUUUACUGUCAGAACUUCGCGCCGAGCUUCAGGGAGAGCGAGAUGAACGCCAUCGCCGCCGACAUGUGCACCAACGCCCGCCGCGUGGUCCGCAAGAGCUGGAUCCCCAAACUCAAACUCCUGAUGGCCGACAGCGACGCCUACUCCACCUUCCUGGCCGACAACGGCAAGGUGGAGGCGGACGGGACGGGCGCGGAGCAAGGCUUCGACCCGGCCUCCUUGGACGCCGCCGCCGGUACCGAAGUGGGCGGCGGAGCGACGCCGGCGGACGCCCUCCAGGGGACGGGAGGAGACGGCAGCACUUUGUUUUGAGUGAGUGAGCGGACCGACGUUUGGACGGACGGAGGCUCUCGCUGCCUCCGUCUGUUUCCUUUUUAUCUUCUCUCUGCUUUUACCUUCUGACGUUUGCUCGCUUGCCUCAGUGUUACUCCUCCCCAGGAGGAGGUGGAGCCCCCCCCCUCUUUCGUCCUCCUGCAUGUCGUGUCGUUGAGCUUCCUCUCCCGCCAAAAUCAAAUCUGACAUUCCUGGGAGAGGCGU